GUAAACAGACAGACAAUGGCGCUGUUUACAGUUUAGGCAUUCCGCCGUCAGCCGCCGGAGGCAUUUCCCGGUAAAAACAUGCACGUAUCAGACGCUCUUUUUGCGAAUCAAAUUAAGAUAUUUUUUUUUCUGGUGAUAAAUACGGGACCCCACGCAAUUUUUUUAUAACAAAAUUAAAAUUUCAUGUGAUAGUUGAAAAAUUAAACUCGGACGUUGAGAUUUGAAAUCGAGUUCCAGUUUUAAGUGCAUAGAAUUACUUAAUUUAAGAUUUUUGAAGAAAAUUUAAAUAUACCAACAAAAUAAGUAAUAUUAGAUAUUUUAUAUUUUAGGUAAUAAUUAAACGUAAUGUCGUACUAACGAAAUAAUUAAUAAAGAUACUAAAUUUUAAAAAUCUAAAUAAGACAACGAAUAGUGCAAUAUUGUACGGUUUGUAGUUUUUAAAGAAAUCGGGAUUCAGUUUCAUUCAGUGUUACUAUGAGGUGCUAAUAGAAGCCAGGAAAAUGAAAAUGACAUGGCAAUGAAAAUAUUGCUAUAUACCUAUGGGGUUUACAAAUAAAGACAAUUCGAAAAACACGCAGGCCUAGUCAAAUGCAGAAGAGGAAAAAGCGAAGAAAAGAUGCAAUGAGCUCGAAUAUAACGGAUGAAUUGUGUAAGGUGUGUGAUGGCAGGAUAGAGUGUGCUCCUACUGCGAUACUUCUCAUUUCCCUGGUGCAUACGUUGUAUGGGUAUAUCGGCCCGAAGCCAGACUACUUUGGAAAAAACAGAGCUAACCUAACUCGAAAAGAAAAAGCGCAAGAAAAGUACCCGCAGUCAAGAUACCAGGAACCUUACAACGUGGAAUACGACUUCGUGGUAGUGGGCGGGGGGACGGCCGGCUGCGUCGUGGCUAGCAGGCUGUCGGAGAAUAAAAAAUGGAAGGUGUUACUUCUUGAAGCGGGACCCGAAGAGCCCAAGAUGGCGCUGAUCCCCGGCCUGACUAGCGAGUUCCGUGGCUCAAGCUUAGACUGGAAUUACAGCAUGAGGCCUAAGAAGGGGUUCUGCCGCAACCGCGGCAGCAAAGGCUGCGAGAUCGUCCAAGGCCGCGUGCUGGGCGGCACGUCCACGAUCAACGACAUGGCCUACAUGCGCGGCAGCCCCGCCGACUACGACGAGUGGGCCGUCAUCGGCAACCAUGGCUGGGACUUCUCUCACGUCCUCCCCUACUACAGAUACUCUGAGGGCAACUACGACAAGGACAUCUCCAAGAAUAAACUCUUCCAUUCCACACAAGGUCCUCUAGAUGUCGGAAGAUACCCAUAUGCUGAUUAUAAUGUCGAUGUUCUGCUAAGCGCGCUAAAUGAAUUAGGGUAUAAUUAUACUGAUAUCAAUGGAAGAGAUCAGUUAGGCUUCAUGAGAAUACAAACCAUGUCGUAUUUCGGAGAGAGAGUCAGCACGUACACAGCUUUUAUUGAAGCUAUCAGAAGUCAGAGAACGAAUUUAGAUAUAGUUACGGAAGCGCUUGUAAGUAAAAUCAAUUUUGUUGAAGGGGACGACGGUUUUAAAGCUACGGGAGUGGAUUAUAUUGUAAAUGGUACAAAAGUUAAAGUAAGAAUUACUAAAGAAGUUAUUUUAAGCGCAGGUGCUAUCAAUUCCCCGAAAUUGUUAAUGGCUUCUGGAAUAGGUCCUAAAGAGUACUUAGAUUUUUUAUCGAUAAAUGUUAUUAACGAUUUAGCUGUAGGUUCUAAUUUUCAUGAUCAUUUGUCAGUAUGUCUACCUGUUAUAAAGUUGGGGAAGACUGCAACGAGAAAAAAGUUUCCAGAUAAAUUAUUAGACAUAUCAAUGUAUUACAAGAAAAGUAUCGGGCCUUUGUCAGCAAAUUUUCAAGUGGUGGCAUUUUUAGAGACAAACGUAUCAGACAUACUUAAUACUGCAGAUAUCGAAGUAAGAUUCCGAGGACAUAAUUCCAAUAUGUACUAUAGUCACAUCGAUAUGUGCGUAUCUCUGUUAACGCCCAAAAGCCGUGGUCAGAUCAUUCUAAAUUCUAGUGAUCCAGUGUAUGGGAAUCCAUUGAUAUACCCGAACUUUUUAAAAAAUCCUGCAGAUGAGAGAAAAUUGCUGUAUGGAAUACAAGAGGUAGUAAAGCUUUUUGACACUGAAGUAUUCAGAAGGGCAGACCUAGAGUUUGACCCACGGCCCAUAUUGAACAACGAAUGCCAAGAUUAUGAGAAGGUAUCUGAUGAAUUUUGGCUAUGUAUCAUUCGCCAUUUUUCGAGCCCUUUACAUAAUUAUGUCGGCACGUGUAAAAUGGGCACAGUGGCCGAUCAAACGGCAGUGGUUGAUCAAAAAUUAAAGGUUUAUGGCACAAGUAACUUGAGAGUGGUCGACGCAUCUGUGAUUCCAAAAAUAAUAAGAGGUUCCACUGCAGCUCCUGUUAUUAUGAUUGCUGAAAAAGCAAGUGAUUUAAUUAAAACAGAUUGGUAUUGAUUUAAUUGUUUUAUUUCUAAUCUAUCGCUUGUUAAAUGAUAGACCUUUAUUUUCUUUCCAGUCUUUGAGUAGCAUCUUCGAAGCCUUUUCCGCGAUCAUCAUUGUUGGUGCAAAUAAACUACCACGAACGUGUGUUGGCAUGACAGAGG